UUACCCUUCAGGCCACAUGAAGGGAGACUGGCUGCAUCUUCCCCUGACAACAUAACAGCAGCACAGCAGAAAAAACUCAAAAUCUCUCUACCAUGGCUGACUGAGAUGACCAAAACUCCUGAAAAAGAUGGACACCCGCUCACUGGUUCCUCAUACCACUAUGUUUUAUAUGACAGAUUCCACGAGGCUGACACCAAGGAUCCACAAGAAGUUUUGAGGCGAAUCAACCUGGUUCCUGAACUUCAGGGUUCAUUGAACAGCCAGGUGGCUGAGCAGCUUUUUGCAAGCAUGAAAAAAAACAACUACUUUCUUAAUAACAUGGCUCCAUCAACACACAUCUUUUUGAUGAGAAACAUUGUUCAUCACAGAAACAGCAACACAAACCAAAAACUCUUGGAACAACAGGUACAGAGAGGACACGAGUCCCAUCGUUUGGAUGAAGUUACACUGAACAACGUUGGGCAAGCAGUGCUUGGCCGAACACAUCCUCAUAUGGACGAGCCUGAGCGGCAACAACCCCCACCAGUUGGUGCCCCACUGCAGCCACAAGAGCAUCACACUGACCCAAACAGAGACAUGGAUCUAUGUGGAUUACACUGCGAAUCUAUCACAAAUUAUGACAAUGUCCGGCCAUGCCGUGCAUCAUGGACACUCGGAACUCAUCCUGCCCAAAAGCAGCUGCUUGACUAUGUCUUGGACACUGAAAGGCCAGCAACAGAGUUGAUUGUCCAAACACAGAAGGCAUGCCUCACACGAGCUGACUUUUGGACCCUUGGAUUGAAUGCUGAAAUGGAAUCAACUAUUGGAAACGCAUGUUUUGAGCUCAUCCAAAAAAUUGCUCUUUCAAAGGGAAGAAAUAUAUUUGUGGCUGACCUCUAUGCAGUGGCAACAUGGCGACGGCCCACAGCGUGUGACCCACUCUUGAGUUUGCCUGAUGAUGUUUCCAUGAGAGAUCACAUCGUUAUUCCUAUUUGGAAACCUGGACACUUCCUCUUGUCUAAACCUUUGCCAGGAUGUAAAUCCUGGGACAUGGACAGAGAGGGUUGGAAAAGACCUACAGGGUUUACCUAGACAGUCAUUUGGGAACGAUUGUGGCAUUUUCAUGUUGAUGCAUUACCGAUAUGCCAGCUCUGAGAAAAUGGUGGUGUGUAAUGCUCAUGGAGAACUUUGACCUCGGAAGCUGUGGGAAAGUCUUCGCCCACUGGACUGAUGCUGCAAAAGCUCUGCUGCGCGGAGAGGCGCCACCAGUCUUCCGUCUGAAGAAACGGAAAUUAGAUGAUACUGCUGAGGACCAAGAGCCUCAGCCACAGCCUCUGCAAAUUACAUCUCCACUCCAAAAAGAUGCUCAGACAGAAGGGGAAGCGACCAGCAUAGAGGACAAAAUUCUCCAAGACUGCACAAAAGCUGCAGAAUGGGUUCAGGACAAUCCACAUUUGUUUGCUGCAACUGUUGAGAUGCCUGACAUCCUGCAGAUGGGACCAGAGAUGCAGAAGGAGUUUGUGAAGCAGUUGCUUAGCCUUUCAUCUGACGGAUCGAGUCAGCUUUGCGAGGACGACAAGGAACAAAUCUUGGAGCCAUUCAAGUUUACAUUUCAAGUCGUGGAAGACAUGUGGAGGUUUUGUGAAGAAAUAAUGGACAAAAGACAAUACCGGGCAUAUUGUGAAUGCAGGAUUGAGGACCAAUAGAUGGGCACUCUUUUAUAUGGUGGGGAAAAACAAAACUAUGCUGCAUUAAAAUGUAAAUACAUGUAUAAUAUGUAUAUAGUAAAGUUGUCCACAUAUAUCUUUUGGAUAAGUGUUAGUAGAAAUGUUUCUACAAUAUGUUGUCUGUUAAAAUAAAUAUGUUAACCCCA